CGGCAUGCCAGUCAGCCCAAAAGAAGAGGAAGAAGAAGAAAGCGGAAGCCUAUAAAAAGAAAAGAAAAAAUCCGAGAAGCUUGUGGAAGCCAUCGACUUGUUGUGUUGAAGUUCGCAUUAACAUGUCUUCCCUUCUAGUUUUCAGGUCAUUUGUCAGCGACAGACUGACUGUGGCCGUGGAGGAAAUAAUGGGGAUGUUUGAGAAAACAAUGGCGGAGUACAAGGAGGAGCUGCUGGGAGCUCGUCAGCCCAACAACUGCGAUGCUGUUCAGCACAUCCAGCCUAUGCUGACCACAGUGAAAGUCUCUCCUGUGCAUCGCGAGGCGAGUCCAGUGCCUCCGUACAUCAAAGAAGAACCGGAAGAAAUCUGGAUGAGUCCGAUAGUGAAUCCAGAGGAGUUUGGCACCCCCAACGUCCUGUUCCCCUCUGCUCCUGUUAACGAUGAAGGCGCUAAAGAGAAACCUCUGUCCUCUAGCAUACAGCAAAGGCAGAGUUUUGAGCACAGAGAAACCGCCUCGUCAGUCUCCAGCCCAGGAGAGCCAUUUGAAGGCAAACUUUAUGGAGAGGACCGCAGAGGCCCCGGUGCGAUUUUUCACUCGGAUACAACCGGCAUUCUAAAAGCACCCAACAAUAGUCCACCUGCGGUUUUUCAUCAUUUAAUGACGGAAGUCUUGAAUAACAGCAGAAACUUUUUCAUCAAACCUAAGCCAGCGUCAGACUCGCAGAAGCACGUGGAUCCCGUACCUCCUCGCAGCUCUCGCCAUCCGGCGAAAUGUUACGAGUGCCCCGAGUGCGGCAAAAUAUUCAAAUACAACAACAUUUUGCAGAGGCAUAUGUCGUGUCACACCGGAGCCAGGCCAUUCGGCUGCAUGGAAUGCGGCCGAAAAUUCACACAAAAGUCGAGUUUGGACCGACACAAAAGAAUGCACACGGGGGAGAAGCCGUUUAGUUGUUUGUUUUGCGGAAAAACCUUCACCCGUGGGGGGACAUUGACAUCACACAUGAGGACUCAUACGGGGGAGAGCUCUUUCACUUGCUCCAUAUGCAAGAAAGGUUAUAACAACAAGGCGGCGCUUUUGAAGCACAUUCGCACACACGAUAGUUACAUGUAGUAAAGAGUUCAGUCUCAAGUCUUAGUCUUUUAUUUAUGAUGAUUAAAAAAUGCCGGUCGCAAGCAGUAGGGGAAGACCUUUAUGCAGUCUCCGGGAACAUCACCGGACAUCCGCAGGUUAAUCCCUUCUAAAAGAAUCAUACACGCAUAUAAAAUAAUUGCAUUUUCUUACCUAGAAUGCAAAAUUACAAAGCUUCAACUAGGGGUGUAACGGUACACAAAAAUUUCAGUUCGGUACGUACCUCGGUUUAGAGGUCACGGUUCGGUUCAUUUUCGGUACAGUAAGAAAACAACAAAAUAUACAUUUUUGGGGUGUAUAUUUACCAAAUUUGUAAACAAUGUCUUGCUCCUUUUAACAUUGGGAGCACUAUAAUAAUUCUGCCCGCGUUAAUCAGCAUUAAACUGCCUCAAGUUGUUGCUUGGAUUAAAUAAAAUGACACAACUUUUCUUCUACAUAUAAAAAGUGCAACAUUAAACAGUUUCAAGUCAACUCAUCAUGCUUAAUUUAUUACAGCAUUUGGGGAAGCCUGUAGUUGAUUUUUAUUAUGUAAAUGUUAUAUUUUUAUCAACAUGUGAUAGCAGGGACCCUGCCAUUCAAAACUAGGCUGCAACAUUACUAAUGAUUCAUGUAACUAUAGCUGAAAAUUCAUCCCUGACCACCAUGGAGUUUACGUAGGCUUUAUGAUGCACUUAAAUUAUUUUAUACACCAUCAGAGACAGAAACUCUUCAUUUAAUAGAAUGUCCUUUUUUGCUGCUUCAACACACCUCAAUCAACACUGUCCGUAACACACGCACCGCAAAAUGAGUUAACGUUUCGCUAAAAGCUAACUAGCCUUCACCUAAAGCCAGGACUGCGAGUGAGCUGAGCUGCAGUUUCUAGAAGGUCAACGGGCUCAUAGUGAUGUUUAGAAAGUAUUUGACUUGGAAUAUAAUUUGGGGAGAAUGAGUUUCUCCAAUGCUAAAGACCUAUCUGCUAAGCUGAUUGGCUUUGUAUGUAACCAAUCAGAUGGUUGUGUGGGCGGGACAAUGCAGGGUGCUGUGUACAGACAGAGGCAGAACGGAGCGGAGCAGCUUGUUAAGACUUUAGCAUAGGCGGCUACUUCAUAUGUACGUGUUGAACUCGUUCGGUAUUCCUCCGCACCGAACCGAAACCCCCCUUACCGAAACGGUUCAAUACCGUUACACCCCUAGCUUCAACGUAUAACUUCACCUACAAUUUGAAGGGCCCAUAGGGUCCAGAUGACUAGUACCGUAUUUUUCGGAUUAUAAGUCGCCCCGGAGUAUAGGUCGCACCGGCCGAAAAUGCAUAAUAAAGAAGGAAAAAAACAUAUAUACGUCGCACUGGAGUGUAAGUCGCGUUUUUGGUCGCUUGUAACCAACUUGUUUGUCAGGUAGCUUAUCAUUGUGCGUAAUCGUGUGACCCAGGGUUUGUUCGAUAUAGACGAUAAACCAUAUAAAUGAUACAAAUUAAAAGCUUUUACUACUGUCAUUAUAUCGUGAGAAUGCAUGAUGGCACAUUCUAGCUCUGUCCUGUCAAUUUGACACUGACAAACACAUGUGUCCUCAAUGUACUGGAGACAUUUUUAGGCCCAGAACUCUGAAUGUCUGCACUUGAUGUAAUAAUCAUAUGUCCGUGUUUAUUCUACUACCCACCCUAGGUGUGUGCCCUUGUAUGUGUUUGUUCACGUCCGUCAAUGCACCUCGCUUGAGCGAUAGGUGGAGAAAGAAGAAGUGUUGGUGGGGGUUUAUAGAGAUGGUGUGCAAAUUGGGGUUAUUGGAACUUGUGAGCGUUGUUAUUGACGUGUAAUGGUCGGAAUAAAGAAAAUGCAAAUGAG